AUUCCGCAGCAUCACACAGACGACGCAGCAUCAGCAACACACACACACACCGAGCAAUCAAUCCAUCACACACAAACACAAACAAACGCACAGGGCGCGAGAGCUCGAACGAGAGGAGGAAAGGUCGGCAAUGGGGAGGGCGCCGUGCUGCGAGAAGAUGGGGCUGAAGAGGGGGCCGUGGACGGCGGAGGAGGACAGGAUCCUGGUGGCGCACAUCGAGCGGCACGGGCACAGCAACUGGCGCGCGCUGCCGAGGCAGGCCGGCCUUCUCCGCUGCGGCAAGAGCUGCCGCCUCCGGUGGAUCAACUACCUCCGCCCCGACAUCAAGCGCGGCAACUUCACCCGCGAGGAGGAGGACGCCAUCAUCCACCUCCACGACCUUCUCGGCAACCGAUGGUCCGCGAUUGCAGCGAGGCUGCCGGGGAGGACGGACAACGAGAUCAAGAAUGUGUGGCACACUCACCUCAAGAAGCGGCUGGAGCCGAAGCCGUCGUCCGGCCGGGAAGCCGCCGCGCCCAAGCGAAAGGCGACCAAGAAGGCUGCGGCGGUGGCGGUGGCGAUCGACGUUCCGACCACCGUGCCGGUGUCGCCGGAGCAGUCGCUCUCGACCACGACGACGUCGGCCGCCACCACCGAGGAGUACUCGUACUCGAUGGCCUCCUCCGCGGAUCACAACACCACGGACAGUUUCACCUCGGAGGAGGAGUUCCAGAUCGACGACAGCUUCUGGUCGGAGACGCUGGCAAUGACGGUGGACAGCACCGACUCCGGGAUGGAGAUGAGCGGCGGCGAUCCUCUCGGCGCGGGCGGUGCCUCGCCGUCGUCGAGCAACGACGACGACAUGGACGACUUCUGGCUCAAGCUGUUCAUCCAGGCCGGUGGCAUGCAGAAUUUGCCCCAGAUUUAAUUUAGGCAGAGAAUUGGCCUCUUGGGUCGAUCUCUUGUUCAUUUUUCUUACCACCACUAUUCUUUGAAUCUUUGGAGCUGUGUAAAUCUUUACAAAGCGGAGAGAUUGAUGGGAAACGAAAGAAGGCAAUAUUAUCUUUCAUGGCGGUGUUCAUUGGAGAAAAAAA